CAGUCUCUUUUCGAACGCGAGCGCGCCGUGCCGUUUUUUUGGACGAGGAACAGCAGCCGAGAAAACGCUAUAGGGAAUGCCGCAGAAUAAGAAUUCAUAAAAUUAUACAUACUACAGAAAGCGGUUUGCAAAACCAUUCAAAUUUCUGCCUGAAAUUGUUGCUGCUGUUGUACUUUUCCGUUCGGCACGAAAAAGCUGCGACGUGGGCUAAAUUUAGCGACCGGUGUAUUAUUUGUAGGGUGCUGUUUUGUACGUGUAUAUGGGAUCCCAGUGAACUACGCCCCCCACAACCCCUUCGAGAGGCGCGCGCGCGCCCCACACUUGCUGCCCCCCCUGGGAUACAUACCUAUAUAAAUAUAUUGAAGAUAGCAAAAAGCCAACAUCCAUCCACCAAGAGUGUUUACCGAUAAAGCGUUGGAGAGCAGACCAGAAACAGACCGCACAAGAUGCCCACAUCCAACACGAUUGUGCUGAAGAGCCUCUCCGUACUGCUCGGACUGUUUUUCAUAUUUGUCGGAACCCUGAAGCUGACGCCAGCCAUCAGCAAGGAUCUCUACAAGGAUUUGCGCACAGAGUACGUUAAGUAUGCGAAAGUAUUUCCACUUACUGCCCUUUUUGGAGUGAAAAUCCCCUCGAAAUGGUAUCGACGCACAAUUGGCAUUCUGGAGAUCGUUUGCGGGCUGGCCAUGGCGCUGAUUCCCUAUCAUAAAGUCAAGAACGUGGCCAAUGUGACGCUGCUGGUGCUGAUGCUGCUGGGAAUCUAUCAGCACUGGAUGGUCAGUGAUCCGUUCGAGCGCUCUGGACCGGCGCUGGUAUUCACCUUCAUGCUGGGCGGUCGUCUGGUGGUCUGGUAUCAGACAGCCCGCCUGCAGGAUGAAAUAGCGGCGGCCACCCAAGCACCAGCGAACGGCGUCAAGCAAGAUUAGAGGCUGCCAGCGAUUAUAGCAAUCAUCGUAUCAUAGUCAUUCACUGAUUCAUUGAUCCAAUCCACAUUCAUAGCCCGCACCUGUAAACAGCUUUGUUUUAGCACAUUAAGUUGGAUUCUAAACCGAUUGGGCGCACAAUCUUCGUGUUAGAAAUUCAUUCAAAUCAUUCUAGGGAAAUCGAAAUUCGUGUUCAUGUUUCACUUUGGUGCCAAAUAAUUAUCAUAUGCAGAAAUAUUAUAUAUAUAUAAUAUAGAAUUGAAAUCGAUAUUAAUUAAUAACUAUAUGAGUAGAACUACACUAUAAAGACAAUGACAAAGACCACACCAGACCAGACGAGACGACUAGUUGCACAUUCAAGCAUAAAUCAAAUUGUAUUCACGCACUCAAUCUACAACUUCGUCUCAAUAUAGUCGAAAUAUAAUUGAAAUUACGACGCAAGUCAUUGGCGGCGCCAUCCUUUUAGAAACAAUUUUAAUAAAUUUGAACAACUCAUAUUUAAAAUUUAAA